AUGGUUCGUUUGAGCGUGGCUGUGCUUUUGGUUGGCUUGAUCGCAGUAUCCUCCGGAGGUGUCCUUCCGGAUCAGUAUGCUGACUGGGAAGGUUUCAUCGUCGGAGGCUCGAACGCCGCCGAAGGGCAGUUCCCUUAUCAGGUCUCGUUGCGUUCGGCAGCGAAUGCCCACUUCUGCGGUGGAUCAAUCGUGAACAACAACUGGGUUCUAUCGGCUGCCCAUUGCACCAGUGGAAGGACUACCGCUAACACGAUCGUCGUUGUUGGAUCCCUGCUGUUGAACGCCGGUGGCGAGCGCCAUCCUUCAAGCCAGAUCAUCAACCAUCCAGGCUACAGCGGCAUUACAUUGGCUAAUGACAUUUCGUUGGUACGCGUAGCCACUCCGUUCAUAUUUUCCAACAUUAUUGCACCAACAGCCCUGGAGCAGGAUUUCGUCGACUCUGCAUCUAAUGCACAGGCUUCCGGUUGGGGACAAACUACGAACCCAGGAUCUCUUCCAAACCAUUUGCAAUGGGUGAACGUGGAUAUCAUCACUCUGGCUGAGUGCCGCAGUCGCCACAAUGUUGUGAACGCUGCCCGUGUUCAUGACAACACGAUCUGCUCGUCCAGCCCCACUGGCAUCGGCAUGUGCAUGGGAGAUUCCGGUGGUCCACUGUCGCACAACUCUCGCCAGCAGGGUAUUGUGUCGUGGGGUAUUGCAUGUGCCCAAGGAUUCCCGGAUGUGUUCGCUCGCGUUUCAUCGCACCGUCAAUGGAUCCUUGAGAAUGUUGCCUAGUAACCGUUAAAGUAGUCCUAAUGUAUAAAAUAAAUUUCUGAAAUUCGUUA